AAGAGAAAGAAAAGUGAUGACGAAGAUGACCUGGAUGAUCGUCUAGAAGACGAAGACUAUGAUUUGCUAGAGGAAAACCUUGGUGUUAAAGUAGAGAGGAAGAAACGAUUUAAGCGCAUAACGGCGGAUGAAUCUGAAGACGAGCAAGAGGUAGACAGAGGAGAUGAAAGGGAUGUAGUGGCAAAUGAGCUGUUUGAAGGAUCAGAUAAUGAGGCUGAUGAAAGGGAAGAAGAUCGGUCCUCAGAACGUCGAGAUGAAACUGCAGGCGAUUUUGAUGAAGAGGGUGAUGAAGAUGGAGAUGAUUAUUCAGACGCUGACGAUUUUAUUGUUGAUGAUGAAGGGCGGCCUAUCACCGAUAAACGUAAAAAGCGAAAACCUAUUUUUACGGAUGCGGCUCUUCAAGAAGCACAAGAUAUCUUUGGAGUUGAUUUUGACUAUGAUGAGUUUGAUAAAUAUGAUCAAGAAGAGGAGGAGUAUGAAGAAGAUGAAGAUUACCAAGAAGAGGAUGAUCCAGGAAGAAGGAGGAAAGCAAAGAAAACAUCAAAGAAAUCUAUAUUUGAAAUUUAUGAACCUAGCGAACUAAAGAGAGGUCAUUUUACUGAUCUGGAUAAUCAGAUUCGUAACACAGACAUACCAGAAAGGAUGCAGUUACGUGAUACACCAGUAACACCAGAAUGCGACGAAAAGUUAGAAGAGGAAGCCACUUGGAUCUACAAGCAAGCCUUUUGCAAACCCUCUAUUUCAACUCAGCGUGGUUUAAAUUCUGAGAGUGAUAAGACAAGAAAAUACCCCGUUGCUACACAAUACAAGAUUAAGAAAGCUCUUGAUUUCAUGAGAAAUCAAAGUUUGGAAGUUCCUUUUAUUGCGUUUUAUAGGAAAGAGUAUGUCUCUCCAGAGCUCACACUAAGUGAUCUGUGGAAGGUGUACAAGUAUGAUGAAAAGUGGUGUCAGUUAUUGGCACGCAAACAAACACUUAUUAAACUGUUUGAGAAAAUGCGUGAUUAUCAAGGGGAGCAGCUAACUAAGGACAGCACAGCAGACAUUCCUGAAGAUGUCAGAGUUUUGACAGAUGAUGAUAUUGACCGAGUGCGAGCCGUUCAGACUCCAGAAGAACUCCGAGAUGUGCACAUGCAUUUUCUCCUAUAUUACUCUCAUGAGGUUCCAGCUAUGCAAAUAGCAUGUAAAACUAAAGAGAAACUUGAGCGACAGCAACGUAAAGAAGCACAACGUAAUCGUCGGGAGAGAAGGAAGAAAAAGAAAACAAUAGUUAAUGAUGAUGGUGAAGAAGAGGAGGUUACUGAUGAGGAUGUAGAGGAUGACGAUGAUCUUGAAGAUGAGGAAGAUGAUGUUGAGGAGGAUGAACCUCAAGAUCAAGUGAAACAGGCUGUUUGGUCUGGACCAUAUAGCAUGUGUCGGAAAGCACGGUUAGCAGGAUUUGCCAAACGGUUUGGACUCUCCCCUGAACAAUUUGCUGAAAAUCUGAGAGAUAAUUACCAACGACAUGAGGUGGAACAGGAAUCUGUUGAACCUCUUGCUUUGGCUAAAGAAUAUAUCUCUGCGCAAUUUCAGAAUUCUGAAGAAGUCUUGAAGGCUGUAAAGUACAUGGUUGCUGCACAAUUGUCAAGGGAGCCAUUGGUACGGAAAUGUGUCAGAGAGGCGCUUUUCGAGCGUUCCAAAAUUGAUGUUGUACCCACCAAGAAGGGUAUAAAGGAAAUAGAUGAAAACCACCCUAUUUAUGGAUUGAAAUAUUUGAAAGGGAAACCAGUUCGUGACUUGUCUGAUGAACAGUUUUUGAAACUGGUUAUGGCUGAGGAAGAAAAGAACAUAACUAUUUCAUUCUCUGACCAAAUAGAAGGCUUGACCACUGCUUCUUUUAUUGACGAAGCCAAGCAACUUUACCUAAGGGAUGAAUUUAUCAAACAUGUCCAAGAAUGGAAUACAAUUCGGGUAGAAUGUGUUGAUCUUGCUCUUCGUAAAAUGUUAAUUCCUGAAAUAAGAAAGGAACUGAAGAGUGUCUUACACAAUGAGGCAAAGGAUUGUGUUCUGCGGUCCUGUUGCCGGCGUUUGUACAAUUGGAUUAAGGUUUCACCCUACACUGUUGAGUUCCCAGAUGAAGAUGAAGAUGAUUAUGACACGUCGAAGGGGCUUCGUGUCAUGGGUCUUGCAUAUGUGCCUGAUUAUUCCCAAGCUGCGUUUGCGUGUAUUGUUGCCCCAGAUGGAGAGGUGACUGACUACCUACGGUUGCCAGGCAUUUUAAAGAGGCGCAAUGGUUACAGGGAAGAUGAUAAGCUUCAAAAGGAGGCAGACCUUACUGCACUACGCAAUUUCAUCUCAACUAAAAAGCCUCAUGUUAUUGUUGUCGGUGGAGAGAGCAGAGAUGCAUUAAUGGUUGUUCAGGACCUGAAAAAUGUUGUAAAAGAUUUGGUGGAGGAUGAUCAAUUUCCUUCCAUCAAUGUUGAAAUUGUUGACAAUGACCUUGCCAAAAUUUUUGCCAACUCUAUUAAGGCAGAGAAUGAGUUCAGAGAUUAUCCUCUGCUUUUGAGGCAAGCCAUAUCGCUUGCACGCCGGUUACAAGAUCCUUUAAUAGAGUACUCUCAACUAUGCACUAGUGAUGAAGAAAUUUUAUGUCUUCGGUUUCACCCCCUUCAGGACCAAUUGGCUAAAGAAGACUUAUUGGAAGCAUUGUACCUGGAAUUUGUGAAUCGAACAAAUGAAGUUGGAGUAGAUAUCAAUGUUGCUGUACAAACUGGCCAAACUGCUAACCUUGUGCAGUUCAUUUGUGGGCUUGGCCCUCGUAAAGGAACAGCUUUAAUCAAGCUUCUAAAGCAGACGAAUCAGCGUUUGGAAAACCGUACUCAAUUAGUAACAUCAUGUCACAUGGGACCUAAGGUUUUUAUUAAUUGUGCUGGAUUCAUCCGUAUUGACACAAACUCAUUGGGAGACAGUACUGAAGCAUAUGUUGAAGUUCUUGAUGGAUCUCGUGUGCAUCCUGAAGCCUAUGAAUGGGCAAGGAAAAUGGCAGUGGAUGCCUUGGAGUAUGAUGAUGAGGAUGCCAACCCUGCUGGAGCGUUAGAGGAAAUUUUGGAGUCUCCAGAGAGAUUAAAGGAUCUUGAUCUGGAUGCUUUUGCUGAAGAACUUGAAAGACAAGGGUUUGGCAAUAAGAGCAUAACCUUGUAUGACAUAAGUAAUGAACUUAACCAUAGGUACAAGGACAUGCGUACUCCAUUUGCCUCUGCUAAUCCUGAGGAACUUUUUGGUAUUUUAACCAAGGAGAAUCCCGAAACAUUUUAUCUUGGGAAAAUGAUUUUGGCUACUGUCAUUGGCAUUCAACAUCGGAAACCACAACACGGGCAAUUAGAUAAUGCCAACCCUGUUAGGAAUAAUGAGACUGACUUGUGGCAAUGUCCUUUCUGCCUGAAAAAUGAUUUUCCAGAGCUUUCAGAAGUUUGGAAUCAUUUUGAUGCUGAAAUAUGUCCAGGAAAAGCUACUGGUGUGAAGUUACGACUAGAUAAUGGUAUUCAAGGUUUCAUUCACAUUAAAAACUUGUCAGAUAAACAUGUCCGUAAUCCUGAAGAAAGAGUUAAAACAAACCAGAUAAUUCAUUGUCGUAUAACGAAGAUAGAUUUGAAUAGAUUUUCAGUUGAAUGUACCUCCAAAUCUUCAGACCUCAUGGAUGCCAAUCAUGAAUGGAGACCUAAUCGAGAUCCAUAUUAUAAUACCGAGAGGGAGUCAAAGGACAAAAAAGCAGAAGAAAAUGUGAAGAUGAAGCAACAACAUGCCUACAUCAAAAGAGUUAUUGUUCAUCCUUCAUUCCAUAAUAUUUCAUUUAAGGAAGCUGAGAAACUCAUGGCUUCUCUUGAUCAGGGUGAAUGUAUUGUCAGACCAUCUAGUAAGGGAGAAGACCAUUUGACUCUAACUUGCAAACUGGCUGACAAUACAUAUCAGCACAUUGAUGUAAGAGAAGAAGGUAAAGAGAACUCUUUUUCACUUGGUCAAUCUUUGUGGAUUGGCAAAGAUAAGUUUGAAGACCUUGAUGAAAUCAUAGCUCGCCAUGUCAAUCCCAUGGCUUCAUAUGCUCGUGAUUUGAUAUCAUGUAAAUACUAUCGUGAAACUAUGGGGGGGAAAAAGGACAAGGCAGAAGAAAUACUGAAGGACGAAAGACGAAGAAAUCCAAACAAAAUUCAUUACAUAAUAUCAGCAUCUCAGUCCCUCCCAGGAAAAUUUAUGCUUUCAUAUAUAUUAAAUCGAUGCAGACAUGAAUAUGUGACUGUUACACCUGAUGGAUUUAGAUUUAGACAACAAAUGUUUGAUAAUUUGAAUGCACUUUUUAAGUGGUUUAAAGAACAUUUCAGAGAUCCUAUUCCGGGAAGCACACCAAGCACUCCUCGUGCUGGAAUGACCAGCAGAACACCCUUCCCAGCAAAUCCUGUAACAAAACUGAUGUAAUUAGAAAAUUGAACAAAAUUGAAGGUUCAGCUGAGCAAUUGCAGCACCAGGUGGCUCAUUAUCCCAGCCACAGCUGGAGUCAAAGUGGCAUAGUUCUCAAUGUGUCGAAACUAAUUUUGUAGGUAAGGAUGGAGGCCACUGCCUGUGUCCCCCCUCCUCAGAUGUAUUACCUAGUUACGUGACCAAGGGGGAGUGGGGUUACUUACUUUUAUCAUGGCCCCGAUUAGGUCCAGAACCAGCAUAAAGCUUAGGCAGGCCGUGGUUUUUAUACGCCAGGGUACAUUUAUCAUGGCAUCUCUAGUGCUUCCCAUUGCGGUUCUAAGUCCCAAUGGGAGCCAUGCAAAAAGUAACGCCCAGGAGCAACACCGUGUUCAAGGUGUACCGAGACGACCUGCAGGAGAGGAGAGUGGCCGGAUUCCUUAUUGUUUUUUAAAUGUCAGGGUAUGUCAGAAUAGUUACUGUCCAAUUACAUUUGUAUCUACCAGUUACUGAUUUUCAUUAAACCUGCUCGUGUUAAACACAA